AGUGUAAACGCAGGCGCAGAGGAGGAGUGGGAGGCCAGUCUCCAGACCAACCGCUACCGCGAGACGCGACGUUAUUGCUGAGCAACCGGCAGACAGAGCGCGAGCUGACUGACGCACGCACGGGGCUCACUGGGCCGGGCACAGCGGCGCGCGCACGGCCAUUGGGAUACAGGCUGGAGGAGAAGACAGAUAGAUAGAGGAGCGGAGAGGACCGCUUUAAGAGGCUCCGGAGCGAGAGACCGAGGAGAAAAUAGGGCGAGAAGACAGGACAGAGAAGCAGAGAGGACCGAUUUAAGAGCCUCCAUAACAAGGGGCCGAGGAGAAGACAGGAUAGAGGAGCAGAGAGGACAGGAUAGAGGACCAGAGAGGACAGGACGGAGGAGCAGAGAGGACCGCUUUAAGAGCCUCCAUAACAAGGGACCGAGGAGGAAACGGGAUGGACUAGUGCUUCUGGACUGUCAGCCCUCUGACUACAAGGAUCAGAGCUUUAUGCCCCAGACAGCAGCAGGGAUGAGUGUGACCUCCUGGUUCCUGGUGAGCAGCGGGGGGACGCGCCACCGCCUCCCCCGGGAAAUGAUCUUCGUCGGCCGCGACGAUUGUGAGCUCAUGCUGCAGUCUCGCAGUGUGGACAAGCAGCAUGCUGUCAUCAACUACGAGGCAGGCACAGACGAACACAAGGUCAAGGACCUGGGCAGCCUGAACGGGACGUUUGUGAACGACGUGCGUAUCCAGGAGCAGAUGUAUAUCACCCUGAAGCUGGAGGACAAGCUACGGUUCGGCUAUGAUACCAACCUCUUCACAGUCGUGAGAGGAGAACUCACUGUGCCUGAGGAGGCUCUCAAGCAUGAGAAGUUCACCAGUGGUCUGCAGAUUAGCAAGAAGCCACCCAAUCCAGAACCCACCCCCCCUAUCACCACCAACCCCCACAGUACCAGCACCCCCAUUGCCAAAACCAAGUCUCCCAGCAGGACCCCAUCCAAACCGGCCAAGACUCCGGGGGGAGGGAGCCUUCGGCAGGGGGAGAGCAGGCCGGCCGAGGGGGUCCCCUCAACAACGGAGUCUGGGGGGAGACCCUCAGACAGCCUCAAAGGAGAGGAGAAGAUGACAGCUGACAUGGCGGCGCUCCACCGCGGGACGCCCUUGUACGGUCAGCCGUCCUGGUGGGGGGACGGGGAUGCAGACGACGAGAACUCGUUCAAACAAGAAACCAAGAGCAUCAGCAGGAAACCGGAGGGCUGCGGCUCAGACAGCAGAGAGGCGCGUCGGGGGGAGAAGCUCCGAGCCGAUGGCCUCCAGGACCCCUGCGGCCUGGACACCCUCACCAAGGAGGGCAAGAUGGCCGACAACGGCAUCCAUGAGAUCCCCACCAAGGACACGGAGGGCAGCAACGCUUCAGCUCAAGGCCACGCCUCCUUCACCAUAGAGUUUGACAGCACCUCCCCGGGGAAGGUGACCAUCAAGGACCACGUGGCCCGCUGCACGCCCGACCACCCCCGCUCCUCCCGCUCCAAGAAGAGUGGUGCGGGGAGCGGGGGAGGCGGAGGGGGGCGGGACCUCAGCACCCUUCAGGUGGCCAUGAUGGCGUCGGAGAGCAAGGUGGCUGAUUGGCUGGCGCAGAAUGACCCCACCAUGGUGCGCAGGGAGUCCACCGAGGAGGACAGCAAGAGCAUCAAGAGCGACGUGCCCGUGAACCUCAGCAGACUGAAAGGCAGCAAGCAUGAGGACGGCACCCAGAGUGACUCCGAGAAUGGCGUGGGCCUUCGCUUCGCCAACCGCCGCCACGCCCUCGAGGAGCGUCUAAGGGCCGCGCAUGAGAAGGGGGGAGGGGGAGGAGCCAGCAGUGGGGGAGGAGGUGGGGGAGGAGGCUCGGUGGGGAGCAGCGCACUCAGCGGCGGCGCCCGGACGCCGGGAGGACGCACCUCCUUUAUGAUCGAGUUCAUCGACGAGGAGAACCCACGCAAGCGCCGCUCGUACUCGUUUUCCCAGAGUGCACCGCUGCUGCCGGGAGGAGUGGGAGGGGAAGGCCUGUGCCCCCAGCCGCCGUCCCACCCCAAGGUGUUCAGCAUCUCCACCUCCGCCACCAUUAACAGCUCCGGGGACUCGGGUAAGGGCCCCACGCCCAUCUCAGCCACGGUGACCGCGGGGGCCCCCACGGCGGCCCGCGCGCUGCUCAAGCAGCGGUCCGAGGACCUCAGCAUCGGCCGCAGCUCGGUCAGCACGGGGCUCCAGACGGGCAGCCCCACCACCCCUAGCGAGGACGCCUCGGCCCUGGGACGAGGGGAGGGCACGGAGGGGGUGCUGCCGGAGGACGACCACAGCGACAAGGGCACCUACACCAUCGAGCUGGAGAACCGCAACCCGGAGGAGGAGGAGGCCCGGCGCAUGAUAGACAAGGUGUUUGGUGUUGACCAGAAUCAGAACCCAGAAUCGUCUAUAUCCGCGGACCUUAAGGGAGGAGGUGGCAAGGAAAUAGGAGACCCAGGGAAGGAGGCACUCAUUGGUGACUCGAGCUGGGUGUCCCAGUGGGCCAGUGUAGCCGCCAAUCAAACCAGGACGGACCCAGAGGGCUCGGGAGCCGAGACGCCGGCGUUCCUCCACAAGGAGAGAGAAGCCUCCAGUAAACGCAGGACCCUCCCCCUGCUCCCGUUGGACGAGGCACGCUCUAAAUCGGCCACCAAAGCCCCGGGGCUGAGGUCGGAGAUCGGGGAGAAGCAGGACACGGAGCUCCAGGAGAAGGAGAGCCACAUGGAGCACCAGGGAGACGGCCAGUCCCACACUCCCAUGGAGGAGGGCGGGAUGGAGGGCAAGGGGAAACCAAGCUCCGCCCCUUCCGCUCCCAGGAACGCCCCCGGGAGCGCAGAGCGGAGGAAGCGGUCGGAAGAGAGGAAGGGAGGAGGAGGCGGGGCGGAGGGCGGGGAGCUGAAGUCGGGGAAGCCUCUGCUGCGGCAGGGCAGCUUCACCAUCGAGAAGCCCAGCGCCAACGUGCCCGCCGAGCUCAUCCCGCACAUCAACCGGGGCCACGAGCGCAGCGACUCCACGGGCAGCAUGGACACGGCCACGCUGCUCAAGGACACGGAGGCGGUCAUGGCCUUCCUGGAGGCCAAGCUGAGGGACGAGAACAAGCUGGACCCGAAGGGCGCCAAGAGCGGCGGCUCGGCCAAGGCCUCCUCCGCCUACCACGCCUCCCGGACCGGCUCCAUCUCGCCGGAGUCGGACGUGGACACGGCCAGCACGGCCAGCCAGGCGGCCGGGGAGGCGGACCGCAGGGCCCUGGCGGCCGGCGCCCUGAAGCAGCGCCGCUCGCUCAGCAGCAUGCACCGCGAGAAGAGCAACGUGAGCGCCUCGUCCAAGGCGGGCGCCGUCAGCGCCAGCGCCCGCGAGCGCCUGGAGAGGAAGACCAAGAGCCGACCGUCAGAGGCCGCGGGCCGCGGGGACGCCCGGCGCCCGGCGCCCCCGCCCGCCUCCUCCAGGGGCCGCCAGCCCUCGCUGGACCUCACCGACGACGACCAGACCUCCUUCCCCAUCUCCGACAUCCUGUCCUCGGACCAGGAGAGCUACUCGGCGCCCGGGUUCGGCAGCUACCGCCGCCGCGGCUCCCACCUGUCGGCCGACGACCUCCUGCACCCCGGCGCGGGCGCGUCGGCCAAGGGCUCGGCCAAGGCGGGCCGCAGCCUGCAGGCCGCCACCGCCGCCUCCCUGGGCAAGCAGGCGGCGCUGCCCACGCCGCGGCCCACCCGGGCCUCGCUGCUGCGCCGCGCGCGCCUGGGCGACACCUCCGACACGGACCUGGCCGACGCCGACCGGGUGUCGGUGGCCUCGGAGGUGUCCACCACCAGCUCCACCUCCAAGCCCCCCUCGGGGCGCAAGGGCCCGUCCCGGCUGGACAUGCUGGCCCAGCCCCGCAGGCACCGCCUGGGCUCCAUCUCGGCCCGCAGCGACUCGGAGUGCACCGUGGGCCGGGGCUCCAUCUCCUCGUCCUCGCGUCUGUCGGCGGAGACGGCGCUGCGCCUGGGCCUGCGCUCCUCCACGCCCACGGAGAGCCGCCUCACGCCCAGGAUGAGGGCCAACAGCGUGUCCAAGCUCACCGAGACCAAGGGCAAGACGCAGGCCACGUCGGGGUACUGCUCCCCCACAGACAGCCCUCAGCCUGACCCUGAGGGUGGUGCUACUGACGAGGCACACAUGGUGUCCAGCAGCAGCCGGUGGAGGCGCCUGCCCCCAGAGUAUGGCUCCACCUCUGAGGAGGAGUUUGGCUCCAACCGCAACACCAACCCCAAGCAUGGAGGCCGCGCCCACCUGCGGCCGCACCACCCGGUCUUACACCGGGGCUCCGCCUCCAGGCUGACAUCUGCCGGGUCCAACCCCACCUCCACCACCGCGGGCGGGGCCGGCUCCGGCCUAGUGUCCAGUCCUGGAGGGGUGGUGAUGAAGCACCGCAUGAGGGAGCAAGACGAGUACAUCCGGGACUGGACUGCCCACAGCGAGGAGAUCGCCAGGUUAUUCCCCUGUGUGCGCAGGAUCAGCCAGGAUCUGGCCAAAGACUUGGCGAUCCUGGCGCGGGAGAUCCACGACGUGGCGGGCGAGAUCGACUCGGUCAGCUCCUCCGGCACGGCGCCCAGCACCACGGCCAGCACCGCCGCCACCACCCCGGGGUCGGCCAUCGACACGCGGGAAGAGGUAGGCCCCGCUCGGCCCGCGCAGCUGGACGUAGAGAGGAGCAGCAGAAAGCUGGUGGAUCGGGUGUUUGACGAGAGUCUGAACUUCAGGAAGAUCCCUCCUGUGAUAACGCCCAAUAAGGCGCCAGAGAUCAACGGCAAGCCGGUGGAGCUCCGCCCCCGCGCCCCUGACACUCUGGAGCCCAGAGCCCUGCGGAGACGCACCUGGAACAGAGAGGAGGCUGUGCUGGACAGUCUGCUCAUCACGUCUGUGACACAGCUCUCCUCCAAGAUAAGGCAGUCUGUGGACAAGACCGCUGGCAAGAUCAGAAUAUUAUUCAAGGAUAAAGAAAGGAAUUGGGAGGAAAUUGAGAGCAAACUGAAGUCUGACACAGAUAUCCCACACCUGAAAACCGCCAACAAGGAAUUCUCUUCUAUUCUGCUUGAGCUGAAACGGGUGGAGAAACAGCUUCAAGUGAUCGACGUGAUGGUGGACCCAGACGGCAGUCUGGACGCCCUGGCCAGCCUGGGGCUGACCAGCCCUACGGCCGCCACCAAGCCCCUGGCCGCCAAGCCCCCGCCCCCCUCCAGCAGCACCCCCAGCGCCGGGCCACACCCCCCCAUCCCAGGCUCCCUCCCUGAGAUCAUGCCAAAGCCUGUUGUGCCGUCCGCCCCCACCAAGAGCCAGGCUGUGUCCGGGGGGCCCCAGCAUGAACCAGCCAGGGGCCUGAGCGUGGUGGGGGCCAUGGGAGCCGGGAUCGGGGGGCCGCCAUAUGGACGCAUCCGGCCCAGCGGAGAGGAGGCCAUAGCUCAGAAGUGAGCGUGAUUAUCUGCCGAUCAAAGGGAACCGCGGGGAUCCCCUUUCACACUCAUACACAGACAACUGUGGUAAACCAGCCCAACGUUUAAUACCAGUUUAAGACAGAAUCUACCUGGGACUGGAUUGAUCAACACAUGAGUUCACUUACAACCCCUUCAUAUGUGCUAACUGGCCAACUUAAUGCCUAGUCGUACGGCACAACAACUCUGCACGGCCAAACGGGGCAGAGCAUGUUCCAGGGGUCUCCUAUGUGCUCCUCCACAUUACUCUCCCGUUUCCGGACAAGACGUCCACAACUUGCCUUAAAGCACACCGGCCUCAGUCGAUCCUGAGGAUCCAUUCCGCUCAAACACAAACCACACGACAAUAUCAAACUCAAUUGCAAUAUAAGAUACUCUUAUACAUUGUUCAAAUAUAGUAUUCGGUAUGUUUUGCGUUAUAUCAGCAGUCUGCAGUAAAACAAUAUGUAUAUUCUUGCUGCCUCAACAAGUGCCCAAUGAGAUACAAAGCCAAACAUAUUCCAAACCAGACAUGCUAUCCUCUGAAAACGCUCUGGUAAUGUGGGAGCCAUAUGGAUGUCAUUCAUAUGUGGUUCCCUCUGCCACACAUUUCAUUUAUGUAUAUGAAUCUCGCUACGAAUUACUCUCGCUACUCGCAACUCCUCCGUCCAUCUCUUGAAGAACAGACUUUGCUGAAGCGGAUUGUAUCAUCUCUCCGAACCCCAUCCCUCCUGUGUUCAUCAUCCCGAAUCUCCUUACCGCUUUGUGAAGGAAAUUCUAAAGGAGAACUUGACUUGGUCCCUCCCUAGUAGCAUGUACAGAACUGAAUGCAAAAUUUCCUCUAUGGAUGUUAGUGUCGUUUUUUUAUAUGUAUGGAUUUGAAAGAAGGAAAAAACCUUUAGGAAACUAACGAUGGGUCUAAUUUGUUCAUACAUGUCACCUACCAAAGCUAACUAGUCGUAGCAUAAAAACAUUUGUGAAUGUUUUUUUUCUAUUCCCUCCAUGUUGUAUUUGUGCAGAAGCCCAGGAAUUUGUAGUUGAAAAUGGCACUUUCUUUUUGUCAAUUACUUUUCUUCUGAUGUACAAAUAUUCGGCAAGAAAGACUUAAAACUCGUCUCGAUAGAUCUGUUAUUAUGUCCUGAAGAACAUAUCGAGGUUUAAGCAGAUGUCUUAGUCUAUGUGACACGGAUGACAGCAUUUUGAUAAUCAGCGCCCUUAAGUCUCAAUCUACGGUACAUCCCAGAAGUGUCCUAUCAUUUCCAAUUGGAGUUUUUUACUACUUUGUAAAAUGUUUUACUUUGAAAGGGCCAGUUUGGAAUGUGAUCUUUCAACAUAAUUCCUUCUAAUAUUUAGAUACUGUAUAACAAUCCAAUAACCAUAACAUUAGCUUUUAAAUGCAUUGACUGACAAUGAAUCUGAAUUCAGCAAUAUCUUCAAAUGUUUUUUAACAGUAUAACCAUCUACUUCAGCACUGGGAUACUUCAGUGCUGAGCCACAGAAAACUGCUGGAAUGUCUGGUUUAACGGUGCAAACAUUUUUCAAAACACACACAGGGCAGCUUUCACAAGGCUCUCGUUUCAGAGUUUGAAAAUGCCUUUGAUGGAACAUCACUUCAUAAUUAUUGAACAUGGAGUUCUUCUGAUGGCGCAUAUUUCUUGCCAAUUUUUAACAGCGUAAAGUUGCAUAGUUCAUCUUACACAGAGAGAGAAAGCUCCUAUGUGAGUCCUACUGCAGAAUUAUGCAGCAGAAUUAUGCACAAAGGCAGGGUUGAAACAUGGCUGCUUUACUUCUUGUUUUUGGGGAACUACACAUUUUCUAAGCCUCUAUUUAUCGUAUAGUCUUUGUUCUAGAUUAAGCUGAUUUAACAGUGUAUUAGUACUUAGAUAACUUGCCAAUAGUGGAUUUAGGUACCAAAAUACAUAGUGUUCCUUUUCUCCUCGCUAUACUGUACUGUAACUGUACAAUGUUUUAAAACCAAGUGAUAGAGUUAACAAUUCAAUGGCAUUGGUAACAAAUGAGGAAAGAAUGUUCUUGUCAAAUAGGUCAUUUCUGUUGUUUUGCACUUUUCUGUACAUUAUUUUGUGGUGCUUCAUUUUGCUAAGAGCAGUACAAAGUGGUGCGAGGCACUUGUCAAGUCACAGGUAUUCUGAUUGUCCUAUGGUCUUGUCUCCAUGAAACCACUGUCUUUUCAAACAAAUCUGUUCUUGCUAUUUUUGUGCCCUAUUUUAUCAAAAGAUCAUGGGGCAAUUGUGAAUACUUGGUACAUGUUUAUUUUUCAUGUUUAAGUUUACAUGUCUUAUCAUUUCUUAUCAUUUUUGUUUCAAAAGAACCCCAACAAUUUAUUUAUUUGUUCUUUAUUUUGUUCAUGUCGACUUUGUGUUUGGUAUUGUUUGUUCUAUACAUUUGUUACUUAUAGUUAAUAAAGCAAGACCUAUUUGGAAAAGGUU